AUGGACUGGGAAAUGGCUGGGACAGAAGGGGCUGCACUGUUCCCAUGCAUCCACGCACUCUACUUUGAGCGCAGCGCUACAGACAGCACACUUUUGCCACUUGCAGAGCGUGCGGCAGAGGCGCAGGCACCGCCAUUUUCCUCGCUGGAAGAAACACGCGCAUCGCUUAUUGCGUAUUUGAGCGCGUGCCUCGGCGGGGAUAGGCUCGCUGCAGAGUACCUUUUACUCGCGCUACUUGCUAAGAUUCACCUGCGGCGUCCAGGUCUUGCAGUAGGCUCGCUCUCGCUCAACAUAUCUGGGAUGCACGGCGAAAGCAAGCAGCAUCCCGCCCUGUACCAUGCAUUAACCUCGCUCGUUCCUGCACUCGUUCCACAGCGUCUCGCACUCGACGUGCUCAACGACCCACAACUUACCUUGUUUGUGCGUAGCGCCGACACAGGAAUUAUUGCGGGGCGCCUGGAACUGGCACAAGGCACCAUGGUCCUCGUGGACGAAGUUUGCAUGGGCGAGGGCCAGCUGCAGGACCAUGGCGUGCGAAAUAUCCGCGCACUUGCCUCGGUCCUGCAGUCGCACACCCUCCCCUAUCUCUUUCCGUUCUCCGAGUUUCAUUUUGACACGGAUCUGAACGUCGUCGUGUUGAGCGCGGGCAAGUCGUUGCUCCCUGUAGACUUGCACGUUCCGCUGCGCACAAGCGACGGCGCGUCGUCGUUGGAUAUGUAUUCGACCGAAGGCAUGCCUCUGAUGCCCCCAGAAGUGUACAUGGCAUGGCGUGUAUACCUCUUGCGCGCAAGGCACCUGGAAUUUCAAGUCACGGAACCCGUCUCGGAGUCGAUCCAGCACUACUUUGUGGAGCAGCGCAGCGUCGCUGGCGCCGACGCGUAUACACAGGAGGAUUUGCAACGAGAUCUCGGGAUUGCACGACUGCUCUCUGUCUCGCAUGGCGCGAGCGAGCUCACCGAGCCUUUUUGGCGCGACGCGGUCGCCAUGGGCAAAGCACGCGCCGCGCGCCAACCUUUGUAG